UUCAACGACCAUGCUUAACUCAACCCUUCUCCCCUGGAAACCACCUCAAAUACCCGAAUACCUCAGCACAUUUUCCUUAUGCUCCCUGCCCUGAGAAGGCUCUGCAUGCAUACCGUGCUUCCCAACUCCCGCAAGACUCUCAUGGACCCCAUCUACGGUAGCCAACGGCUCCGAAUUCUAGCCCAACAGCUCCGCUCCUACAGACCCCCCUCUCCCUCUUCUUCUUCCUCAGACGAAGAUGAAAAGGAAGAAUCAGGAGCAUCUGGAAAGGUAAUCUCUCAGGUGGGCUUCGCUGAAUCGGCAGCCCCUAUUUCAAAUCCUGCCAAGUUCAAAACCAAGAGAGCUGCUGUCCUCAUCUGCCUCUUUGAAGGCAACGCAGGUGAUCUCCGUGUCAUUCUCACCAAGCGCUCUUCCAACCUCUCUACUCAUUCGGGUGAAGUUUCAUUGCCGGGAGGAAAGGUGGAUGAAGGCGAUGUGGAUGACAGCGAUACUGCAACGAGGGAGGCGAAAGAGGAGAUUGGUUUGGAUCCGUCGCUGGUUACAAUCGUGACCGCCCUCGAACCCUUCCUAUCUAAGCAUUUUUUAAGAGUAAUUCCCGUGAUCGGCAUACUUUCUGAUAAGAAAGCAUUCAAGCCUGUCCUGAAUACCAACGAGGUGGAGGCCAUAUUCGAUGCACCCUUGGAGAUGUUUCUCAAGGAUGAAAAUCGGAGAUCAGAAGAGCGGGAAUAUAUGGGUAGGAAGUACCUUAUUCAUUACUUUGAUUUCGAAGCAGAGGAUAAGAAGUAUUUGAUAUGGGGUUUGACUGCCGGAAUCUUGAUCCGCGCUGCAUCAGUUGUAUACCAGCGGCCGCCAUCCUUCGUGGAGCAGAAGCCUCCUUCCAAGAUUCCCAAAACUCAUUCUGAAGGGAGUAAAUUGCCGUGAAACCAUUUUAUCGGUGAUUGUUUCAAGGGAGAAAUUUAAGAUGCUUUGUCCUUUACAUGUGGAAAUUACUUGCUUCUUGUAAUCUUGUGAAAAUUUAUGUGACUGUCCAUAUGUUGAAAUUGUAUGGAUUGCAACUCGAAUAAGAAAAAGCCAAUCUUGUGCACUGUCUGGAAUCAGUGCUGUAUUUUCAGAA